UUCAAAAUAUACAACUAAACAAACCAAAAAAAUUUCUAAAACAACUCUCCCAAAUUUUUUUCAAAAACAACUCUCCCAAAAACAAACCAAACAAGCCCAAACAAUUUUUUCUUUUAAACCCUCAUUGAGGGCACAGCCUAUCUACCUUCCAUUUUAAAAAUAACUGUCAUCUCCCUCCUUUCCUUGCACUCACUCCUAACUUGCUCCAUAAACAAGUCCAAGAAAAAACAACCAUCUAAAAUUCCAUCUCUUUCUGCACAAACACAUCAUGGCCUAGCUGUUUCUUGGAUCUUGAGAUUUUGGGUCUCUCCCUAUAUUUGUUUAUGCAACCAUUUAAAAACCAUAGCCCACAAGACAUGAUUUGGUUUCUCUCCCAUUGUCCCUCCUCCCUAUCCUCAAACCCCUCAUUUUUGUGUCUUUGUCAUUGAAGUUUGUAUCAUAGCUCUAAUGCCUGUAAAUCCAUGGAACCUCUUCUACUUCUCUACAUUUUCCCUACUUUUAGUAACAAUCGCCUCUGCCGUCAACUCACAAGGCGAAGCGCUUCUCUCAUGGAAGAGAAGCUUGAAUGGAUCAUCAAUGGAGGCAUUAAGUAAUUGGGACCCAACUGAUGAAACUCCAUGUGGGUGGUUUGGGAUCUCUUGCAACUUCAAUAAGGAAGUUGUGGAGCUCAAUUUGAGGUAUGUCGAUUUGCUUGGAAAUGUUCCCUCUAAUUUCACCUCAUUAUUGUCCUUAAACAAGCUCAUUCUAUCGGGUUUGAAUCUCACCGCUACGAUUCCAAAAGAGAUUGGUGCUCUGAAAAAACUUACUUACUUGGACUUGAGUGACAACGCCUUGGCCGGUCAAAUCCCGAGUGAGAUUUGCAACUUGUCCAAGCUCGAGGAGCUUUAUCUCAAUUCCAACCGGCUUGAAGGCUCAAUACCGGUUGAAAUUGGAAAGUUGAGGAGCUUGAAACAGAUGAUUCUAUACGACAACCAACUCAGUGGUGAAAUUCCGAACACCAUAGGACAUUUAAUGAACCUUGAAGUGAUAAGAGCGGGUGGCAACAAGAACCUUCAAGGGUUUCUUCCACAACAAAUUGGCAACUGUAGCAAUUUAACCAUGUUAGGCCUAGCCGAAACAAGCAUCUCAGGGUUCCUCCCUCCGACCCUCGGCCUCCUCAAGAAGCUCGAAACCAUCGCCAUCUACACCGCCCUACUCUCCGGCCAAAUCCCACCGGAGCUCGGAGACUGCACCGCCUUACGAAACAUCUAUUUAUACGAAAACUCGCUCACCGGAUCGAUUCCAACCAAGUUGGGAAACCUCAACCGCCUCCAAAACCUCCUUCUAUGGCAGAACAACCUCGUGGGCACGAUUCCACCCGAGCUAGGAUAUUGCAGAGACCUAUUGGUAAUCGACUUAUCAGUGAAUUCACUCACUGGAACCAUUCCAGAUACUUUUGGGGAUUUGAAUUCACUUCAAGAACUUCAGUUGAGUGUCAAUCAGAUCUCCGGGGAAAUCCCGAACAAGCUCGGAAAUUGCCUGAAUCUGACCCACAUCGAGCUCGACAACAAUCAAUUCACCGGACCCAUACCCGAAGAAUUUGGGAAUUUGAAGAACCUAACAUUACUGUUUCUGUGGCAGAACAAGCUUCAAGGGUCUAUACCUUCGUCAUUGUCGUCGUGCUUCGACCUCGAAGCCAUUGAUCUGUCUCAGAAUGCAUUCACAGGUCAAAUUCCCAAGACUAUCUUCGAAUUGCCGAAUUUGAACAAGUUUAUGAUCUUGUCCAACAAUUUCUCCGGCGUGAUUCCGCCGGAGAUCGGAAAAUGCUCGUCGCUAGUUCGCUUCAGAGCGGGCGAUAACAAGCUCACCGGCUCAAUUCCGAAGGAGAUUGGGAAUUUGAGGAAUCUGAAUUUCUUGGACCUCGGAUUGAAUCGGCUAACCGGAGCUAUUCCGGCGGAGAUCUCCGGCUGCCGGAAUCUGACUUUUCUGGAUCUACAUUCGAAUUCAAUGGCCGGAAACUUGCCGGAGAAUCUGAACCAGCUCGUCUAUCUUCAAUUUGUGGAUGUUUCCGAUAAUCUCAUCGGAGGGACGAUGAGUCCGAGUCUCGGAUCGUUGAGUUCACUCGCCAAACUCGUUCUUCAAAAGAACAGAUUGUCGGGUUCGAUUCCGACUCAACUCGGUUCGUGUUCGAAGCUUCAGUUACUAGACCUAAGCAGCAACGAACUCUCCGGCGAAAUUCCGGCUAGUUUGGGGAACAUUCCGGCGCUCGAGAUUGCUCUGAAUCUCAGCUGCAACAAACUCUCAGGCGAAAUUCCGGCGGAUUUCACAGCACUGAACAAGCUCGGAAUCUUAGAUCUCUCUCACAACAAUCUCUCCGGCGACCUCAAAUGUCUCGCGAACCUCCAAAAUCUUGUCGUCCUCAACGUCUCGUCCAACAACUUCUCGGGCCGAUUACCAGAAACCUCCUUCUUCGCGAAGCUUCCUGUCAUCGUCCUCGCCGGAAACCCAAACCUCUGUUUUCCGGGGAACAAUUGCGCCGCCGCAGACGGAGGCUCAGCUACACACGGCGCGGCGGCGAGGGUGGCGAUGGUGGUGCUACUCUGCGCCGCGUGCGGGCUCCUCCUCGCGGCGCUGUACAUCGUCCUGAGAGGUAAAACAACGUCGGAAUGCGAUCUCGAAGGCGAAAACGACGUCGCAACGCCAUGGGAGAUCACGCUCUACCAAAAGCUCGAUCUCUCAAUCGAUGAAAUCGCCAAAUCGUUGAUACCCACAAACGUGAUCGGCCAUGGACGAUCUGGGUUCGUUUUCAAAGCAAACACCUCGUCAGGACAAACCAUCGCCGUGAAAAAAUUCCUGUGGUCGGAGAAGCUCUCCGCCGCCGCAUUCUCGUCGGAAAUUGGAACUCUGGCUCGAAUCAGACACAGGAACAUAGUGAGAUUGUUGGGUUGGGGAGUGAAUGGGAAGACGAAGGUGUUGUUGUAUGAUUAUAUGAGGAAUGGGACAUUGGGAGGUUUGUUACAUGGUGGUGGUGGAAUGGUGGUGGAGUGGGGGAUGAGGUUGAAGAUAGCGUUGGGGGUGGCGGAGGGGUUAGCUUACUUGCACCACGACUGUGUUCCGGCGAUAAUACACCGGGACGUGAAGGCGGAUAACAUUUUAUUGGGUGAUCGGUACGAAGCCUGCUUGGCGGAUUUCGGAUUGGCCAGAGUUGGAGAAGAUGAAGAUGGGUCGUUUUCUGGUACUCCUUUUCAGUUUGCUGGCUCCUACGGCUACAUUGCACCUGAGUAUGCCAACAUGCUAAAGAUCACUUCAAAGACCGAUGUCUACAGCUACGGCGUAGUAUUGCUUGAAAUAAUCACCGGAAAGAGACCCGUAGACCCAUCAUUCUCAGAAAACCAGCAACAUGUGAUUCAAUGGGUUAGAGAUCACUUGAAGAGCAAAAAAGACCCGAUUGAGAUCAUUGAUCCGAAGCUCCAAGGCCACACAGACUCUCAAAUUCAAGAAAUGUUCCAAGCUCUCGGCAUAUCCCUUCUUUGCACCAGCAAUCGGGCCCAAGAUAGGCCCGCGAUGAAAGAUGUUGUGGCACUAUUGAGAGAGAUUCAGCAUGAGCACGUGACUAGUGUUGAGGCCCAAAAGCCAAUUAAAAUGUCCAAUGCUCCGUCACCGAAUUCGGCAGCGGUAGCAAUUGAUAAGUUGAUGGACCUCCACGGGUCAUCUAAUUGCUCACUUUUUAACUCCUCUUCUUCUGCUAGUUUUCAAUAAUCUGUAACGAAUGUUGUAACACCAUUUAUUACGAAGUAGUGCAUUGUGACAAUGAUGUUAGCUGAGGAGAUUAAUAAGCGUAUCAACAAAUAUAUAUAAUUAGACAUAAUGUUAGGUGAACUCUAUGUUAAGCAGAAUUAUUAUAUUGGUUCGGAAUCACGUGUAUGUUUUAUGUUUUUGUUGAUA